GUCUAUUCAGUCCACAAGUUGCUUGCUCAACCGAUUCGCGUCUACACCACGCAGCCCGAUGCAUGCAUCUUGAAAAGCAAGCUCCAAUAAGCAAAGGAACCCGUAUGCACGCGCCUCUGCUCAUACAUGUACCAUCCUUUCAUCACGUUCCCUGCCCAAGACAUACACUACUCUUGAAACACAGCACACCAAUGAAUACACAUACAUACCUGCCCACAUGGUGCACAGAGAAAGAGAGACACCUUCAUGCCAUUCACGGCUGCCUGGUCUUGUGCUGCGUCUGUCUGCCUAUGCGUCUGUCAGCCAUGUCAUCCCUCCCUCCCUCCCUCCCACGCACGCAAAAAUGGCAUGCGCAUACAUACAGACAAACCUUUGCCAUGGCAAUGCAAAGCAAUGCAUGAGCCUCACCUGGCUGCCUUUCCACCCUCCUCCACCUUCCCUGUCCCCUCCCCUGACACACGCAUGGCCUCCCGCAGUGCAUCAGCUUCCUGGCCACCACGGAUGGCCUCAAGCAGAUACGACGCAAAAACAAGCGCCACGGCAAUUCCUAUCUGCUCCGGGAGUUUGCCCAUGUUCGCGUCACCGUCCAGAAUUGCCAUCACGGUAUUCCACAGGUCUUUGAGGGCCAGGAAACUAAAUAUAGUGAGGAGAACUUGGAGAAGGUCCGUCAGGCGGUAGUUGUUCGACCGGAGGAGGGCCAGCUUCUUACCUGUCAGUCAGUCACUCACUCAAUCAUCCAAGAGUGCAAACCACAAGGCGCUGCUUGAUCUCCUUCGUCGAGGGCGAUAGAGUGUUCCUCCCGCACCUUGUUUGCCGAGACCCACAGACACGAAAGAGCACAGAAGUUAGAGCGGACUGCGUGCCCAAGGAUCUUGUGUGCGUGCCUGUCUGGGUGGCUUUGCGUACUUUGUGGAACGGGCUUGACGUCGAGAAUGAGCGGUUUGUCGUCGGUGCUGCCCGCCUUCUCCAGCACCUUGUCCACGGUGGCGCUGAGACGCAGCUCCUCCCCUUCGAAGAUAAACCUCUUGGCCAGCAGCCGCUUGGGCGUCAACCCACGGUCCUCUAUCAGGCUCGCCACAUCGACGAGCAUUGCGUCCUUCGGGCACUCGACCAGGACUAUGUUGCCACCGGCGCCAUUUUCCGUUAUCUUCACCCACACUCCCACAGAAGAUGUCGCGUCAGCAUCAUCAGCAGCGUCAGCAUCAUCAGCAGUCGAGUGAGCAUCAGCUGCGAGUGCCGUUGUGGAGCUGGGCACCGCCACGAAGGGCUCGUGGCUGGUGAUGCGAUGCAGUGACGAGGGCACGGCGAUGGGCACGCUGGGGCGACGAACGUGCACGAAGACCGACUGCACACACGACAUCAUGAGGAGGCGCACAAGCCCUUGAUGGUUGCCCGACUCGUGUGUCCUGCCGUCUGUCUGUCUGUCUGUCUGUCUGUGUGCUGACUGACCGGCAACACGCGUACCUGUGUGCCAGCCGCUGUCGACAGGGUCCCCAGCAGCACCAGCCACACGCUGGCGAUACUUCCAGGUGUCAUGGUGGAGAGAUGAGCACAAGAUCUGUCAAUUCCGCGGCUAUACAAGCUUCACUCUCGAAAUGCACUGCCAUUUCCGUCAUUUGUGUGCUUACGAAGAGCGAACUUGAGAGCGGUUUCACGAAAUGUCUUACUGAGGUCGCCUGGUCGCUGCACUGUCACUCAUCUGAG